AUGUAUACGCUUUCAGCCAUAUUAGUCGCGUUUCUAGUACUAGUAAUUUGUCUUUAUUUCUACUCCGAGUACAAGGAUUGUCCUCCAGGACCCUGGGGUUUACCGAUUAUCGGUUAUCUGCACAAAAUUGACAGAACAACGCCUAAUUUGGACCUAAUGCAACUCGCCCAAAAAUACGGACCCAUGUAUAGCAUAAAACUCGGAUUAGUUAACAUCGUGGUUAUUUCUGAAGCCAAAUUAGUAAGAAAAGUUUUAAGUCAAGACGAAUCUCUGGCAAGACCGCCACUCUACACCUUUAAGAUCAUGUUUGGAACUAGAGGUAUUACGGGCACAGCUGUCGACUUAUGGCGCAAUCAGCGAAAAUUCGUAGAGAAAUUUUUAAGAACUGCGGGUGCUACGAAAACUGCAACAAACAGAAAAACUAUAGAAGAAUACAUAAGAAAGUCGUCUGAGGAGUUCGUUCAAUAUGUGCACAGUCGCGGAAAUCGUACCAUUGUGAACCCAUCGGAAGCCGUCAUGUAUUAUGUAACUACCAUCGCCGCCGUCAUAUUUCUGGGGGCUUCUUUCAAGCGCGACGACCAAAUCCAGAAAGAUUUGACGGAGAAUCUCGACAAAAUAGUACAGUUGAGCACGUACAAAAAAAUGGGAAAUUUGUACGAACAAAUGAUCAAAGACAUUAAAGACACUCUAGAGAAAUUUAUCAACGAAAAAAUGGAAACGUCACCUGCGACUAAUCUCAUCGGAGCUUUUUUGUCCGAAAUGUCAAAAAACGACUGUCCUGAAAUCUACAAUCCAGCUCAGCUGAAACAACUCGUGUUUGAUUUGUUUGCUGCUAGUACUGAAACCACAUUGAACUCAAUACUGUGGCUCAUGUUGUACUUAGCAAAGUACCAAGAAGUACAAAAUAAAGUUCGCCAAGAAUUGUUCGACGUUCUACAAGGAAAAACUCCCCAGUUAGACGAUUUAUCGAACCUACCAUACACAAAAGCGACUCUUGCGGAAACCGCCAGAAUUAGAACUGUCGUCCCCUUGGGGUUUCCUCAUUACGCUACAGACGACAUAGUCGUCGAAAACGUGAAAAUACGUAAAGGUACCAUAAUCAUGCCGCUACUUUGGGCAAUCCAUAUGGAUCCCGAAGUUUGGAAAGAACCAGAGGAGUUUCGACCGGAGCGAUUUUUGAACGACCAAGGGAAAUUUCUGUGGCACGAGUCGUUCAUUCCUUUUCAGACUGGUAAAAGAAUGUGCGUUGGGAAAGAUCUGGGGGAUAUGAUGGUGUUUCUAUUUUUUGCAACUGUGUUGCAAAGGGUGAAGAUCGAGUGUGGCGAUUCUGGAAAGAUAGAUUUUUCUUAUGUGUGCGGUUUGCCGCUACUUUCGAAGCCACAAGAACUGGUUUUUGUGAAAAUAUAGACAAUUGUGUUGGGAGGUGUUUGGAU